GUGGCACACAUGUGCAACUAGUGUCCUCCAAGACUUAUACACAUGACUGUUGCGUUGUUCAUAACUUAAACAUGUGCACGUUACUUUGUGUAUAACUUAAACAUGUGUUUAAAACAUUCUUAAUGACUUAAACAUGGUCGUGUAGUGUCGUGCAUAAUUUACAUAAGUGUUACUUUGUGGAUAACGUACAUAUGUGCAUGUGGAGUUGAAGAUGUCUAACACAUGUGCGUGUGGAGUCGUGGAUCACUUAUACAGGUGUAUUUGACGCAGUGGAUAACUUACACAUACUAGAUGGCUCCUAACCCACUCAGUCGUGAGAGAGAGGCACGCAGGGAGGGUGCUUGGUGGCGUGUGUACAGUCCCUCUCUGGUGUGUCUGGCUAUCAUGUGCCUAGCCACCAUCUACCUCGCCUAUGCUGCCUUCGCCUCCACCCACCUGCGACCAUCAGACAUCAUCGUAAACUCACAGUGGUCUCUCUCCUCCAGCAACCACUCGGUGACGGUGAGCGGGACAGUACCUGGUGGGGUGUACUCAGACUUGCUCCUGGCUGACGUUCUCACCGGAGGUGACCUCUACUACCGCUACAAUGACCUCGACUACCGCUGGGUCGCUGAAGAAAACUGGACCUACUCUACUCUUGUACAAGGUGAUGCAGCGUUGCUGGGGCACGAACGUGUGGCACUCAUCUUCGAGGGACUGGACACAGUGGCCCGGGUGCUGGUCAAUGACGAGCUGGUGGGCACCUCUGAUAACAUGUUCGUCAGAUAUGUCUAUGACGUUAAACAACUACUUAAGGAGUCUGAAGAUAACACGCUGCAAGUAGAGUUUGAGUCUCCCGUGGAGUAUGCAGCGAGGCAGUACGAGGCCCAGGCUGCCGACUACGUGGUGCCCCCCAAGUGUGUGGAUGAUGCUUACAAGGGAGUGUGCCAUGCCAACCACAUCCGCAAGAUGCAAGCUUCCUUUAGCUGGGACUGGGGACCAGCAUUCCCCAACCUGGGUAUAUGGAAAGACUGGCAUUUGACUGGUUGGAAUACUCUGUUGGUGAGUGAUGUGUUCUUCUCAGCAGUGCCAGCCUCCCCGCUCCCCACAGUGCCAGAUCAUGAUCUGAGGCCAAGCUGGAUUAUUACUGUAAAGGUGUGGUGUGAUGCUGCUAUACAGUCAGGUAAUGUUUUUGGGAACGUGGUGAUCACCGUGGGUAACAUCUACACCUCAGAACAUCCUGUCAGUGCCACAGUAGAACAUUAUGAAACUCAGUUGACUUUCACUUUCACUAUUGAUGAGGGUGAGAUAGAGAUGUGGUGGCCCAACGGCUAUGGUUCUCAGCCACUUUAUAAUAUGACCAUCCUGUGGACCGAUACAAAUCAAUCUGAAACUUCCAGCAAGAGUAUUCGUGUUGGAUUCCGCACUGUCGAACUAAACCAGGAUUUUGUUGAUUCCAGUGACGAGACGAAAGGUCGACACUUCCGGGUGCUGGUGAACAAUGUAACAAUGUUCAUGAAAGGCAGUAACUGGAUACCGGCCCAUGUGUUGCCAGAAUCCGUCACUGUAGACUACACUCGCUACCUGCUACAAGCCGCCGCAGACACACACCAGAACUGUAUACGUGUCUGGGGUGGAGGCAUCUACGAGAGUGAUGCAUUUUAUGAGAUUGCUGAUGAACUGGGUAUUCUGAUCUGGGAAGAUUUUAUGUUUGCAUGCAGCAUGUAUCCUGUAAAGCAGGAUUUCUUGGACUCGGUAAAAACAGAAGUAACUAGCCAAGUGCGGCGCUUACAGCAUCACGCCAGCAUCCUCCUCUGGGCCAGCAACAACGAAAAUGAAGCUGCGCUUAGAGGAAAUUGGUACGGCACAUCUUCCAACUUUGAACAGUAUAAAGCAGAUUAUGUUGUGUUAUACGUAGACACUAUUCGAAGUAUAGUUGAAGAUCUGGAUAGCUCCCGGUCCUUUGCGGUCAGUUCUCCCAGUAAUGGUAUCGAGUCGGAGGAAGAAGGAUACAUUGCUCAGAAUCCAUACAGCAACUUGUAUGGAGACGUUCACUUUUACGACUACCUCAGUGACGCCUGGACUGGAAAAAGUACACCACGUACUAGAUUUGCCUCUGAGUAUGGCUUCCAGUCUUGGCCUUCCUUCAUAACCUUAAAAGAAGUGACAAGUGAAGAAGACUGGAGUAGUUGGUCUCCAAUGAUGUACCACCGACAGCAUCAUCCAGGAGGACAGGAGGAACUGUCACUGCAGAUUGGUCUUCAUAUGCACCUCCCACCAGAAGAUGGAAGUCUAAAGUCUUUUCAAGAUUAUCUAUACCUUGGACAGAUCCAUCAAGCAGUAGCGAUAAAGACAGCAACUGAAUUCUAUCGUCGAGGCAUGAGUGUUUUGGAAGACAAUGGCGAGGGUUACACCAGCGGGGCACUGUACUGGCAGCUUAAUGAUAUCUGGCAAGGGGCAUCUUGGGCAUCAAUUGAAUAUGGAGGUCGGUGGAAGAUGCUGCAUUACUACUCCAAAAAAUUCUUUUCUCCUCUCAUAGUAACUCUUUCACGAGAUAAUGAUGAUAUAAACGUGUACGUGGUGAGUGACUUGGUGGAGGAUGUGUCACACCUGGUGUUAAGUAUUGACCUUUAUCGAUAUGAUCAGAGAGAUAAGGUCAAUUCUUACAACACCACCUUGACCGCCGUAACAGCAGAAGGAAAUUUAUGUUGCAACCUUAAAUACCAUGACUCGUUUUUCAUAGAAAACCCUUUAAGAGCUGAGAAGUUUUCGUCACUUUUACAGAAAUAUAUUUUCUUAUAUUCGGAUGUCUAUAACAGAUAUUGUUACAUAAAGAGUGGCCAUUAUUUAAUAUGUAAUUACAAAAAACAUACUUUUAUACUACAGGUUGAAUCCAUCUCUGGGCCUGAAACAACAUCUAAGAGCAACUGGACCUUCACAGUUAAAGUAACAAACGACGCAAUAUCACUGUUCGUGUGGCUUGAGGUGGAUGAGUCAGGUGUAUUCUCUGAUAAUGGCUUCCUGAUGACUGAAUCACAGGUGGACAUCUUAUUUUAUUCACUGUCAGAGACUACUGUAGAUGCUCUCCAGAGCUCCAUCACUGUUAAGUCUCUCACUGACACCUACAGUGAAGGUACUGUAGUUCAUCCUGCAACUGAGGCUGUGCUCGACGAUUCCUUCCAUCCUAAUGAUAUUAGGAAUAUUUUGUUUGUGUAAGUAAUGCCAUAAUAUACUAUAUUUAGAAUAUAACAGGCAUUAAGGAAUAAAUUGAUAACAUUUU